UGCUCACCUGUUCCACCUGUAUUACUGCGCCGCAGCUGACUGUAGGUGCGUCUCGAUGCACCUGCUGCGUUAUUCUGCCAUGACCGAGGAGCUCACGACCUGCGAUUUAACAUGCCCGUCUUCACCGGAGAAGACUUUGGAUGUUGUGAAAAGUAAACCGAUGGAUUUGGAGCAGCCUAUUUUCUCGGUGCUGAGCGGCGGGGUGAAGCAGCAGCAGCCGGCGGAGGGGGACACCGCGGGGACACCGGCUGCGACCACCCCCGACACCGAGUCCGGGAUCUUCUCCGGGGAAUGUGAGCUGUGUGUGGAGCAUGAGUCCGAGCUGGACUGGUUCUGUGGCACCGAGCAGAGACUCAUCUGCUCCCACUGCGCUAUCGUGGGUCCCUGCCACGGACACUCUGUGACCCCUGUGGCCACCAGAGUAACCGCAGUCAGGAACCAUCUGGUAGAUGUGUGUGAGAAAUUGCAGCUGCAGGCUCUGAGGAUUGAGAGGUUUAUCGAGCAGACGCUGACAGCCAAAGAGCAAAAACUUCAGGUAGGGGCGAGCAGGACCAGGGAGCAUAUCCUGGCUCAGGUCAGCGCAGCGCGUGAAGCCCUGGAGGAAGAGGAGCAGCGUCUCCUGGAGGAGGUGCAAAAGGAGGAGGAGCGGGUGGAGCAGUGCCUCCUCACCCAGAGAGCCCACUGGAGCAAAGCUUUGGCAAAUCUGACGCAAACACGCUCCGGCCUGGUGCACACACUGACGCACACUUCAGAUGCACAACUGGUGACCAGUGUCCAGGAGAUAGCUGAAAGGGUGGAGGCGGCGGAUGGGGUUGGGGAGCCCUGUGACACGGAGCAGCUCAACAUGAACUCAGCCUGUAGCGACAGCAAGCUGCUGAGGGGCCUCUGGGCCACUGCAGUGCUGCUGGGGCCAAACGCUUAUGGAUCAUUUUAUUUGAAGUUUGAUGAGCGCACAGUGAGCCCUCUCCUGUCCCUGUCUGACGACUUCUACACUUUGACCUUCUCCAACAAAAAACAUCGCCAACCGCUGCCCUACGACCCGGCACGCUUCGACUGCUGGCCCAACGCUCUGGGCUCUCUGUCCAUGUCCUCUGGCACCCACAGCUGGGUGGUGGAUGUGGGGGAAAGUGGUGCCUUCAAGGUGGGGGUCUGCUACACCUCUCUGGAGCGCAAAGGCUCAGGGAACGAGGCUCGGCUGGGGUACAACAGCCAGUCCUGGGUGCUAUCUCACUACGACGGGGACUAUUCCUUCUGCCACGCGGGGAGGAAGGAGCCUCUGCAGGUGGCGAGGAGACCCCAGAGGAUCGGCCUGCUGCUGGACUGGCCCAGUGGGACGCUGUUGUUCUACGAGCCAGACUCCAGCACUGUGCUGCACUCCUUCACACAUUACUUCAACGCCCCCCUGCUGCCAGCGUUUGCAGUUACUGACCGCAGCAUCACCAUUCUGCACUGACACGCAGCCAAAAGACUCAAUGACCUCAAACAUGUGAAGAUAUUCUCCAAUGUAAAUAUGAUCAACAGCAAAUUAUCCUCCAUCUGACUGUGCAGUUAUGAAAAGGCGUGAAUUUGUAUUUAUUUUAUUAUUAGCUGCUGAAUCUUUAUUUUUACUGUUUUUAACAAUUUAAUAGAUUUUAAUUUAGAAAUAAUCAUAUUAUUUAACUUUAUAUGUAAAACAUUAUAAAUUAGUGCUGUAACAGUAUUUUAUAUGACUGAUGAUGAUUGGUUUUUUAUUUGAAUGUUUUCUUGCAUCAGUUUGAUCUGUGUAUUAUAGACUCUUUACAGAAAAAAAAAAAAUUCCACUGGUUGAUUCAGGAAUGUUUGUAAUGUUGACAAAGUAACUCUCAACAGAAAUAUUUUAUAAUGAUGUUACUGCAUUAUGCUCAGUAAACCAGUUACCAGCUGAAAAUCCCACAUUCGUUCUUUUCUGCAGGAGCAGAGUUUUGUUUUGUGUCUAUUUGCCAUAUCAGUUAUCCUGUUUAAGGACUCGGCAGGAAAAUAAGAUAUGCCAAGAGAACCAAAAAAUAAAGUACUUAUAUUAUUACAAGUAAACAUACAAAUACCACAAAGUGAAAAUAGAGUAAAUCUAUUAGUAGUCCUUGAUUGAAAAUGUUACUUGAUAUGUUGGAAAUACACUUUAAGUAAUAAAUUGAGCAGAAAUGUG